ACAGGGGUAGGGUGCGUACGCAUUUGACAUGGCUGCUGGUUUGUGAAGAAGGAAAAGAAAUGGCUGCCACUGGAGAUGGAGCGAGUGGAGGGGAAUAUACCGAGGAGAGGCCGGCCAACGUCGAAGGGGACGAAGAGCUCAUGAGCAAGAGCCUGCAGAUCCAGUCCAAGCGAUUUUAUAUUGAUUUGAAGAGCAAUCGUCGUGGGAAAUACAUCAAAAUAAGCGAGUUACCCACGAACAGGAGCACAAAACGUAAAAUUAUUCUGUCCCUUGCAUGUGGCAGGGAGUUCCGCGACAAACUGACCAUCUUUGCUGAGUUCCUCGCCCAACAAGACACUGGCAAGUCAGAGGAAACUGUACCAGAAGAUGGUCGUCUCAAAAGUGAGAUGAUUACCGGUGAGAAUAAGAGGUAUUAUCUUGAUCUUAAGGAGAAUAACCGAGGACGAUUCUUAAAGGUUAGCCAAGCGCCCAUCAUAUUCCCCAGAGGGGAUAGGGACUCACGUGGACGUGGUCCCAUGCGCAAGGAGAUUGCCAUCCCAGCUCAGGGUAUCGUGGAUAUUAGGAAUAGCCUGUCUGAGAUAUUAGAGGAAUGUGGUUCUGAUGACGGUGAGCAUGAUGAAGGUCUUGAAUUGCCCAAGCCCUGUGAACUGCGAGUAGAGCAGAAAAGAUUCUACUUUGAUGUGGGAAGCAAUGCACGCGGUGUGUUCCUUAGGAUCUCCGAGGUUACUGCUAAUUAUCGUACUUCUAUCACUAUUCCUAAAGUUGGCUGGGCACGCGUUCGGGAUACUAUUGGAGAUUUGCUGGACAAGGUAGAGGGGGAAGAUUAAACCAUACUCUUUUUGUUUGCAAACCAGCAUCUACUUUGACCAAGAUGUUUCUUAAAAGACCUUUGUAACAAAAGAAUUGCUUCUUAAAAUACUGACUGAUUCUUGAUUCCAACUCCCAUUAGUUAUCGUUGCAGCAGUUUUUCCAGUGCAAUUAGACUUGUCCCACAAAUAGCUACACAGAAUUUGUUUAAAGGAGUACUACAAGGAUUUCGAGGCAAUUUUCUUUUAUUUUUACAAUCAUUUUUGGACGAUCAGAGUUUUAAAUUUUGAGAUAUUCUAGCUAUUUUUCUGAGCUUGUGGUACAUAGCAACGGUAACUAAUGGGAGUCGGAAUCAUGAAUUAACAAGUUGCAAUCCGCGCAUUACUGCAUAUUUAUGUACCUCAACGCACCACAGGGAGCCCAAGCUUGUCCUAAGCUUGUACACCAAUGGUGAAACCCCACAUUUUCAUUUAUAGAGCUUGAUUCUAAAUCUUAAGGUGAUUCUAUCGAGGAAUUUUUUUUUUUAACCAGUAAAACAAAUGCACAACAGCACAUUAAAUUAAAAACAUUGGAAAUGGUGUUUUAGUUCUGAAAUUUCCGCACGGCCCGAGAGACUCAGAAGAGGGUUGAGAUGGUGCUCCUUAGAACUUAGUCAGUGUAUGUAGUAUUUCUGAUGAAGUGAAUGUUUCAUAAGCUAUACUUUUGUUAAAAAGGUCUAUUCGAAAAACAAACAACAAAAAAACACCUACAAAAGAAGAAGGAAAAAAAAAAAGAAA